GGUGGGGCACCGCGCGCGCAUGGGGGAGCGCAGGGCCCGGCGGAGUCGGGUUUCAGAGCGCGGCUGAGUCAGGCGCGGGCGGCAGCCUGGAUCCCGCCGCCGCCGAGCGCCGCCUUUGUUCCGCGGGCGCAGUGGAGCCGCGGUCGGGCCGCUGCACCAUGACACCCAGGGGGACCGCGCAGGGACAGCGCCCGAGGUGGCUGCUCUCCAUCUUCUCCGCGCUGCUGUCCGCCGCCGUCCUGCAGACGCGCGCCGCGACAGGCUCAGCUUCCCAGGACCACCUGGACCUCACAGAGCUCAUUGGUGUCCCAUUACCCUCAUCCGUGUCCUUCGUCACGGGCUACGGUGGUUUCCCAGCCUACAGCUUUGGGCCGGGUGCCAACGUCGGCCGGCCAGCCAGGACCCUCAUCCCACCGACCUUCUUCAGGGACUUCGCCAUCGGGGCGGCGAUAAAGCCCACCAGCACCCGCGGAGGUGCGCUCUUCGCCAUUACCGAUGCUUUCCAGAAGGUCAUCUACCUGGGCCUGCGGCUUUCGGGCGUGGAGGACGGCCGCCAGCGGGUUAUCCUCUACUACACGGAGCCAGGCUCCUCCGUGUCCCGUGAAGCUGCCGUCUUCUCCGUGCCGGUGAUGACCAACAGGUGGAAUCGUUUCGCUGUGACCAUCCAGGGCGAGGAAGUGGCCCUUCUCAUGGGCUGUGAGGAGCACGGCCACGUCCUUUUCCAGCGAUCUUCCCAGCCUCUGACCUUUGAGCCCAGUGCCGGCAUCUUUGUGGGCAACGCGGGAGCCACGGGGCUGGAGAGAUUCACGGGCUCCAUACAACAGCUUACCAUCUAUACAGACCCCAGGAUCCCUGAGGAGCUGUGUGAAGCGCAAGAGUCCUCGGCAUCGGGAGAAGCCAGCGGGCUUCAAGAGAUGGAUGAAGUUGCUGAAAUCAUGGAGGCUGUCACCUACACCCAAGCCCCGCCUAAAGAAGCACAAGUUGAUCCCAUAAGCAUGCCUCCUACUCCCUUUUCUCCUGCUGAGGACAUGGAGCUUUCUGGUGAACCGGUGCCCGAGGGAACUCCAGACACCGGCUUAAGCCUCCCUGGGCACAGCAUCCCUGAGCAAGGGUCUGGUGAAAUUCUGAAUGAUACACUGGAGGUCCGCAUUGCAGCUGGGGACCCCAGUACUGAUGAUGGUUCAGGGGGUGGCACCUUGUUGAACAUCACUGAUGGGCAGGGGUUACCAGCAACAGCAACUGGGGAGGCCAGAGCACCUGGCGCCACUACUCUGGAAGCAGAGAUUGGCAGUGUGCCUACUGGGAGCUCCACCCUGGCCAUGUCCACCCAGAACACCAGGGAAGUGGCCACUCCGGAUCCAGAGAAUGAAGAAAAUAUAGCAACAACAGCAUCAGGGGAUGGUGAGGUGCCCACUGGCACUGCUGGAGAAGCAGAGGCUGGCAGCGUGCCCACUGUAGGGCCAACCCUGGAGCCAAGAAUAGAAGCCACUCUGGGUCCAAAUGGUGAAGGAUGGCUAGCCCCGGCUGCGCCCAAAGUGCCCCUCAGCGCCUUUGAGGAAGAGGAAGCUAGCGGGACUGCCAACGACAGCCUGGAUAUCUUCACACCCACAGUGGUCUUUGAGCAAGCCAGCGGGGACCCUACAGACAUCCAGACCAUCUUCACACCCACAAUGGCCCUUGAGCAAGCCAGCGGGGGCCCUACGGACAUCCAGGCCCCUCUUACACCCACAGUGGCCCCUGAGCAAGUAUUUACUACUGCGCCCACUGACGGCGAAGACUUGGUGGGCUCCACGGAGGAAGUAGAAGAGGAGGGGUCUGGAAGCACACUCCCCAGGGGGCCUCCACUCCCCACGCCCACAGUGAUUCCUGAGAGGCACAUCACUCUGGUUGGAGUGGAGGCCGAGGGCUCUGGCCCCAUAUGGGGCGUGGAUGGCUCUGGCUCUGGAGACAUUCUGGGCAAUGAGGAUCUGUUGAGAGGUCCUCCGGGCCCCCCAGGCCCACCUGGACCACCUGGAAUUCCAGGAAAGCCUGGAACUGAUGUUUUCAUGGGACCCCCUGGAUCUCCUGGAGAGGAUGGAGUUGCUGGUGAGCCAGGACCCCCGGGCCCCGAGGGACAGCCUGGACUUACUGGAGCCUCUGGACAGCCUGGAAUGAAAGGAGAGAAGGGAGCAAGAGGGCCUAACGGCUCAGUUGGCGAGAAGGGUGAUCCCGGCAGCCGUGGCUUACCAGGGCCCCCAGGAAAAAAUGGACAAGUUGGAACUCCUGGUGUCAUGGGACCACCGGGGCCUCCUGGACCCCCGGGGCCCCCAGGCCCAGGAUGUACAACAGAACUUGGAUUUGAGGAGAUCGAAGGCUCCGGACACACCCAGCUGCUGAGCAAGCCCAGCAUCUCCAGGCCCUCUUCUCCAAGUGGUCCCAAAGGAGAAAAAGGCGAGCAAGGACCCAAGGGUGAACCAGGAGUGGAUGGAAUUGGCACUGUGGGGCCCCCUGGGCCCAGGGGUCCACCUGGGCGUGUCGAGGUCCUGUCCAGUUCUUUGAUCAACAUCACCAACGGAUCCAUGAAUUUCUCGGACAUUCCUGAGCUCAUGGGGCCUCCGGGGCCAGAUGGUGUGCCAGGGUUGCCGGGAUUUCCAGGCCCUAGAGGACCAAAAGGUGACACCGGUGUGCCUGGAUUUCCAGGUCUCAAAGGAGAACAGGGCGAGAAGGGCGAGCCGGGUGCCAUCCUGACCGGGGACAUUCCCCUAGAGAUGGUCAAGGGGAGAAAGGGUGAACCCGGAAUGCAUGGCGCCCCAGGACCUAUGGGACCCAAAGGACCACCAGGACACAAAGGAGAAUUUGGCCUCCCAGGACGACCCGGUCGCCCAGGGUUGAACGGCCUCAAGGGUGCCAAAGGAGAUCGAGGGAUCAUGAUGCCGGGCCCACCUGGCCUACCUGGACCUCCAGGGCCUCCAGGACCCCCGGGAGCCAUGGUUAACAUCAAAGGCGCUGUCUUUCCAAUACCUGCCCGGCCACACUGCAAAACACCAGUUGGUACUGCUCACCCUGGCGACCCAGAGCUGGUCACUUUCCACGGUGUUAAAGGAGAAAAAGGGUCCUGGGGUCUUCCUGGCUCAAAAGGAGAAAAGGGGGACCAAGGAGCUCAAGGACCGCCAGGCCCUCCAGUUGAUCCAGCUUACCUGAGACACUUUCUCAACAGCUUGAAGGGGGAGAAUGGAGAUGCAGCAUUCAGAAGAGAGCCCACCAACAACCUUUUUGUGUCUGGGCCUCCAGGCCUACCAGGACAUCCAGGCGUGGUUGGACAGAAAGGAGAGGCUGUCGUCGGGCCCCAGGGGCCCCCAGGGGUUCCAGGCCUGCCUGGACCCCCUGGCUUUGGGAGACCUGGUAUUCCUGGACCACCGGGACCUCCUGGGCCACCAGGACCUCCUGCCAUUCUGGGUGCAGCUGUGGCCCUUCCAGGCCCACCUGGCCCUCCAGGACAGCCAGGACUUCCCGGAUCCAGAAACUUGGUCACGGCGCUCAGCGACAUGGGUGACAUGCUGAAGAAAGCACACUUGGUCAUAGAGGGGACCUUCAUCUACCUGAGGGACAGUGGGGAGUUCUUCAUCCGUGUCCGGGACGGCUGGAAGAAAUUACAGUUGGGAGAGCUGAUCCCCAUUCCUGAUGACAGCCCCCCACCACCAGCGCUGUCCAGCAAUCCGUACCAGCCACAGCCUCCACUGAACCCCAUUCUAAGCGCCAAUUAUGAGAGGCCUGUCCUGCACCUGGUUGCCCUGAACACACCGGUGGCUGGGGACGUCAGAGCUGAUUUCCAGUGCUUCCAGCAGGCCAGAGCAGCGGGACUGUGGUCUACCUUCCGAGCUUUCCUUUCAUCCCACCUGCAGGACCUCUCCACAGUUGUGAGAAAAGCAGAGAGAUUCGGCCUUCCGAUUGUGAACCUCAAGGGCCAAGUGCUCUUUAACAAUUGGGACUCAAUAUUUUCUGGUGAUGGAGGUCAGUUCAAUACACACAUUCCGAUAUACUCCUUCGAUGGUCGAGACGUGAUGACUGACCCUUCCUGGCCCCAGAAGGUCGUUUGGCAUGGCUCCAAUCCCCAUGGUGUCCGUCUUGUGGAUAAGUACUGUGAAGCCUGGCGAACCACAGACAUGGCAGUCACAGGAUUUGCCUCCCCACUGAGCACUGGGAAGAUUCUGGACCAGAAAGCUUAUAGCUGUGUGAAUAGGCUAAUCGUUCUGUGUAUUGAAAACAGUUUCAUGACAGACACUAGGAAGUAAUACCCUUCCCAUGAUUUUUAAAGAGGUUUCUAAUUUUUCUUAUGUGAAGAGUUGACACUGAAGUCUAAAAUGUUGUAAAUAUUACAGUUUUUUUUUUUAAUAUUACACAUUUGUCAAAAAAGAAACCAAAGAGAACAUACCUCAAUAUACUCAAAAGGAAAGACAUAAGGGACUCAGAUCCAAGUCAAAUCCAAUCCACAUAUUGGUGCUAGAUUCUGCAGGAAGCCCCCUCAGUGUGAACAAACCCUGCCACAGAGUAGGGCAAUCGGCAAACAGAGGUCGGCGUGAUUGCCCAGUGCAUUCUUCAGAAAGCAAUUUCUUCUUUCCAACCAUGGCUAGUAAGUGUAAGAUGUCCUUCGUGUUUGCUUACAAGGUCAGCUUUGGACACAUGGCCCCUUCCUAAGUUAUGUGUGAGCUGAGUGAUUCCAUGCACAUCCAUUCACCCACAACCGCUCAAAAGACCAUGCUUGUAUUUUCUCCUGCUAUCAGGCUUUAAUAUGGUUCCCCCCAAAAAUAUGAUUGCUGCCAUGCUAUGGAGGGAUGCAUGUUUACCCAAUCACAGCUGAGUAUGGCAUCUGUUUAUGCAAUUCUGACUUGCUGGAAAGUUAAAACUCUCGGAAAGAAACAGCACAUAAUCAUUGCCUUCCCCUCGCUAGUUCCCCUUCCCAUUCCCCACCCCAAUUUUGUGAUUUCCAUUUAGCAAGUCUUGAAUUACUGCAGCUGAAACAGACUCAUUGAGAUGAAUUUUCUGAAAAAUCUAUAUCACUGUGCUAUAGACUCUGAUAUCUUCUUCCGUGUAAGAACAUAAAGAUAUCUUUUCCAGGUG